AGGGACUUGCAGAUUGAUGCGGGAAAAGAGCAAGGCAACGACUUACCUUCUCUUGCAGCUUAUUGCCCGACCAGAUGGGUGGUUAGAAUAAAAUCUUUGAAAACUGUCAAAGCAAACUACGCUCAAUUGAUGCAAUUUUUCCAUGACCGUUCUGUGGAUAAAGAAGUCAACAGCGCCGUAUCAGCAAAAGCGUCAGGGUUUUAUGACUACAUGGAGACAUUUGAGUGCGUGUUUCACUUGAAUAUGAUGAUAGAAAUUUUCGAUCGCGUGGAGAUAUUAAACAAAGAUUUGCAAAAUUCGAAUCUUUGCGUCAUCGAAUCAUAUGAUAAAAUACAACCAGUUUCCGACGUUCUGAACGCUUCACGUGAUGCUAAGUUCAAUGAAAUUUGGAGCAAGAGCAUUGAAGCUGCUGCUGGCCUUGAACUAAGCGAGCCACAAAUUCCACGUCGUCGAAAAAUCCCAAAACAUCUCGAGACUCUUGAGCAAGGCAAAGCGGAGAACUUUGAAUUUAAAAAACCAAUCGAGUUUUUCAGAAAAUCUUACUUUGAAGUUUUCGAUCAAUUGAUUUCGUCUCUAAAUAAUCGAUUCGAAAAUGAUUCUGCGCGAUUUUUUAAAAUGUUGGAAAGAUUUGCAGUAGGUCAGCCAGUAGAUAUCAAUGAAAUCGUGAAGCAUUAUAAGAAUGAUUUUGACAAGGACAGGUUACUCAGUGAUAGAAAUAUGUUUUUGCAACUUGUGAAAAGGCAGAAUGAACACACAAAUAAUCUGAGGGAAGUUGUAGAUUUCUUGAAGAAAUACGAAUGGAUGAGAGGGCUUGUUCCAGAGUUUGUGCGAUUCGUUCGUCUGCUAAUUACAAUACCAGGGUCAUCCUGUUCAAAUGAAAGAAGUUUUUCGGUUCUUCGCAGGGUGAAAACUUAUUUAAGAUCAACAAUAUCGCAAUAUCGACUGAAUAACGUAGCAAUCUUACAUGUUUAUCGCGAAACUACCGACAAACUUGAUUUGGAUGAAUUGUUAAAUGAAUUCAUUUCGAAAAAUGCUAAACGGAGCUCUGUAUUUGCGUUGCGCAAAUGA